AAUAACUUUAAAUAAAUGUUACUCAUUGAUUUCAUAUUAAUUCAUUUUGAAAAUCUUCAUACUUAAUUAAAAAUAAAUUAUCAAGUUUGGCGCUAUUAUUGAAUCUAAGUUUCGGAACGGUUCUAGUUAUGCCGGCAAUGUCACUGUCAGCCCUUCUUGAGAUAAAUAGUGAAUUUUAACCAUCAAUUCUAUACAUUUUUACCGUAUUUGAUUAACAUAAAGUAUAAAUGAAGCUUCUAAAACCCAGUUGGGUUAAUCAUGAUGAUAAGCCAAUAUUUUCUGUGGACAUCCAUCCUACGGGGAAGAGGUUUGCCACUGGCGGACAGGGCGGAGACUCUGGGCGAGUGGUUGUGUGGAACUUGAACUCUGUCCUGUAUGAAAAUGUGGAGGUGGACCCCAAUGUACCGAAAAUGUUGUGCCAGAUGGACAAUCAUUUGGCCUGUGUCAACUGUGUUCGAUGGAGCAAUGCAGGCCGAUACCUGGCUUCCGGUGGAGACGACAGGCUGGUCAUGGUGUGGGGACUCAGUGUGGUUGCCAAUGGCACUCCAGGGAAGCUGAAAGCUGAGACGUGGAGGUGUAUAGCUACUUUGAGAGGUCAUGCAGGCGAUGUUCUUGACCUGGCCUGGUCUCCGCUGGACAAGUGGCUGGCCAGCUGCAGUGUGGACAACACCAUCAUUAUCUGGAACGCGGAGAAAUUCCCCGAGAUGGUCUGUGUGCUUAACGGGCAUACUGGAUUGGUGAAGGGCGUUGCUUGGGAUCCUGUUGGAAAAUAUUUAGCAUCGCAGUCGGACGACAAAUCACUGCGGGUGUGGAAGACUGCUGACUGGGCGCAAGAAACUGUCAUUACGGAGCCUUUUGAAGAGUGUGGUGGCACAACUCACGUGCUCCGCCUCUCCUGGUCCCCCGACGGCCAAUACGUGUUGUCCGCGCACGCUAUAAACGGUGGUGGUCCCACCGCACAAGUGGUAGAAAGGGACGGCUGGCGGUGCGACAAGGACUUCGUCGGACAUAGAAAGGCUGUCACUUGCGCUCGCUUCAACAACAACAUAUUCGUGAAGGAAGGCAAGAAAUGUUGCUGCGCUGCCGUUGGAGCCAGAGACAGAGCGUUAUCUAUCUGGUUGACGUCUCUGAAGCGACCUCUGGUUGUAGUACAUGAUCUCUUCAGCGACAGUGUGUUGGAUCUGUCAUGGAGCUCUGAUGGUUUGAAUCUCCUCGCAUGCAGUUCAGAUGGUACAGUCGCUUGCAUACAGUUCACCAACAAGGAGAUUGGCACACCUCUCACAUUGGAUGAAAAGAACGCCUUCUACGAAAAAAUCUACGGCAAGUGUCCGGCCAACGACUCCGCACUCUCUAACUUGCUGGUGGAGUGUCCGGAGAUCCUGCUCGCUAGAGAGCAGCCUGACAUUCGUCGAGACAGCCGAGAUGCCUCACUCAUCAGUGAAAAGUCUCAGGUAAUCUAUUUGUUCUACGGCAAGUGUCCGGCCAACGACUCCUUUCUCUCCAGCUUGCUGUUGGAGUGUCCGGAGAUCCUGCUCGCUAGAGAGCAGCCUGACAUUCGUCGAGACAGUCGAGAUGCCUCACUCAUCAGUGAAAAGUGUCAGCAAUCUAAGCCAGCACUCACAGCAUCGCCCGUGUCUCUGCGGCCAGUGGACCGACAGAUAGAAACACGCACUUCAGAUGGCAAGCGACGAAUCACACCCGUUUUCAUUCCGCUCACUAUGGUGGCCAGUGAAUCUCUGGGCUCAAUGCCAAGCGGCACAGAGAACUGUUUCAGUACUUCAUCUCAGAGCAAAUCUCGGAUUCGAGUGGAGAGGCGAGAUGACAUAGUGAUUCAUCCCAAUGUGAGCAAUCAUGGGAAUUCCAGUCAACAUAAUAAGAGUGCAGAUAACGGCCUCGACCAACGACUACGCAAGCGCUCAGCACCUUCCCUACCCGGUCCUAAAACUGAAGAAGUCCAAGUGAAGAGGAGUGGCAACGGCGCGUCCCCCCCCGCCUUCCAGGCGCUGCCCGCCCCCGCGCUCGGCAGCGCCGGGCCCGCGCUGCCCGCCCCCGCGCUCGGCAGCGCCGGGCCCGUCGUGCGCGCCGCCGGGGCCCUGCGCCUGCAGGUGAUCAACAAAGCGUGUAACACACAUUACGGCACGCUGUCUCGGUUACAACUGCUGCCGAACAAUUCCGCCUCCAGCGAUCCUGUCUGGGAAACAUAUUUAGGUUCUCCGGUGACGUGCAUAGCGUGUGACGCACGCUUCGCCGUGGUGUCGUGCGCGGACGGCUCGCUGCACGCGUGGCGCCUCGCGCGCACCGCGGCGCACAGGGCCCUGCCGCCUCUAGCACUAAUGUCGCCGGCAGCCAAACUGACGCUCUCAGGCGACACGCUCGCCGCCGUGACCACAUCGGCCGAGCUCGGGAUCUGGGACCUCGCCAACGCGACGUGCAUAGUCAGGCCGCUAAGUUUCAGAAGCCUAAUGCAGCCCGGCGUGUCGGUAACAAACUGCUCCUUACUGGAGGACGGGAACCCGAUGAUCUCACUUAGCAACGGGAAAAGUUAUAUUUAUUGCAAGAAAUUGUAUGCCUGGGUGGUGUGGAGUGACGCGCGGGACCCGGUGUGGCGCGCGUGCGGCGGCCACACCUCCACGCGGGCGCCGCGCUCCUCACACAACCUGUACCCUGCACAGCCCCGAGCCACGCAGGCCAACACCGGGGUGGUGUGGAGUGACGCGCGGGACCCGGUGUGGCGCGCGUGCGGCGGCCACACCUCCACGCGGGCGCCGCGCUCCUCACACAACCUGUACCCUGCACAGCCCCGAGCCACGCAGGCCAACACCGGGUACGUUAUACAGUUACUGACGGCACACUGUACACAGGGUGGUGUGGAGGUGGUGUGGAGUGACGCGCGGGACCCGGUGUGGCGCGCGUGCGGCGGCCACACCUCCACGCGGGCGCCGCGCUCCUCACACAACCUGUACCCUGCACAGCCCCGAGCCACGCAGGCCAACACCGGGGUGGUGUGGAGUGACGCGCGGGACCCGGUGUGGCGCGCGUGCGGCGGCCACACCUCCACGCGGGCGCCGCGCUCCUCACACAACCUGUACCCUGCACAGCCCCGAGCCACGCAGGCCAACACCGGGGUGGUGUGGAGUGACGCGCGGGACCCGGUGUGGCGCGCGUGCGGCGGCCACACCUCCACGCGGGCGCCGCGCUCCUCACACAACCUGUACCCUGCACAGCCCCGAGCCACGCAGGCCAACACCGGGUACGUUAUACAGUUACUGACGGCACACUGGUGGUGUGGAGUGACGCGCGGGACCCGGUUGUGGCGCGCGUGCGGCGGCCACACCUCCACGCGGGCGCCGCGCUCCUCACACAACCUGUACCCUGCACAGCCCCGAGCCACGCAGGCCAACACCGGGGUGGUGUGGAGUGACGCGCGGGACCCGGUGUGGCGCGCGUGCGGCGGCCACACCUCCACGCGGGCGCCGCGCUCCUCACACAACCUGUACCCUGCACAGCCCCGAGCCACGCAGGCCAACACCGGCAGCUACAGUUCGGACGCGGCUCGGAGUUGGCUUGAAGCUCAAGUGGCUUCGUGCUUCCAUCUUAGAUUAGCGAAGGACUACCGACAUUGGAUCACGGCGUUAUUCGGUCAUCUUGUCAAUCACGGUAAUGAAGAUCAGCUGAGAUCGAUAUUAGAUGACAUGCUGGGCCCCAGCCAUUGUACCAGUACACCUAAGAAGUGGCAGGCCACAGUUCUGGGUAUAAAGAAGCACGACAUCCUCGACGAGAUGUUAUCGCUGCUGGUCCGGCAGCUGCGCUGGCAGCGCCUCUACAGCGAGUACGUGGAGCAGCUGCGCGACGCCCGCGACACGCGCCAGCGACCCCUGCUCAACGGACACUGACGCCGGCGCCGCGCGCCAGCGACACGCGUCCCCAGGUACCGGCAGGGCCCCCCCUAGAGCUCAAAUGUGACAUACAACGUCUACCCCCCCAUUCUAGGCCGAUAUCAACACCCCCCCCCCCCCCCUAGUUCCUAGCUACGCCCUUGUAUACUUUCAAUACCGUCAAUCGGAGUGAAUAAAGAUGGAUUAGGAAUAAAAACAGAGAAUUAAAUUUGCUUAAUAAUUUCUUACAAACUACCCACACAUCAUGCGAUUGAAAAUAAUAGUAUAUGAUGAUACAAUUUGUAUAGUUAGUUUUUAAGAAUUUUUUAAAAUCGCUACGAUGGCGCGAAAACGACUAUAGUUCGUUUUUAUGGCAUUAGAAAUAAGGUAAACUAUCUUCACAUGUCUUUAUUGUAAAACGCUUUUUGAAAAUCAGUAACUAUUACUUAUGAACGGGGGCAGGAAUUCUCGGGGCAUUUUUGAAUUGCCCUAGGGACUCCUCAUUUACCGACAUAUAUCGAUACAGAUUCAGAUUUUUAUUUACAGAAAAAGAGCUAGUUAUACACGCAUAUAUCUGUAUACACUCACUCACAUAAUACUUAAAAAGUACACGGCACACACACAAAUUGCACAGUAGUUUUUCUUUAUUUCUUGUUCCAACUUAGGUGUUUAAAAAGCGUUGCCCAUUUUUGUGUAAGGUACUGGCAGAAUACCAGCGAUGUGGCUUGCUGCAUCAUUAUGCUGAGUCAGCGCCUUUUCUGUGCCACGACACAUGGCGUAUUAAUUAACUAAAUUUUUUUUUAUUAAAUUAAGUUUGCAUGUUUUUAUUUUACACUUUUCUUUUUUGUUUGUUUUGAUGCUAAUGCCAUGUAUGUUGUGGGUAUGAAUAAAGAAUCUAUCUAUCUAUCUAUCUAGUUAGUUACAGGUCUUAAAAUACGGUUAAUAAUUGUUCCACCUUUAUCGCUAUCUCGACAGCAUGCAAAUUUUUAAAUUAUUAAAAAAAGAAUACAACAUUCAUCUAUUUACAAACACAUUAAUUAUAUACAUUUAUACACAAUUUAUUGCUAUUUGUGAGUUGUGAGCCAUGUCAAGUGAAAAUUAUGCCAAAUAAUAAGAAAACAAAUAAUUAAUCAUCAUUACAUUUUUCAAGCCAAUGUAUUAUGCUGUAGAAACAAUGAUGUUGGAGCCAAAUUCUAAGGGUACCAUUGAAUUCUUUGCCUUCAAGAUUAAUAAUUUCUGUUGAUAGAUUGUUGUAAACGAGAAUACACAUGUAACGCAUUCCGUUUGAAAAUUCCAGUCCUAUAGCUACUAAGUAGAAACAACAUAUUUAAAAAGAUUUAAAUUAGACGUAAGCAACAGGCGGUCUUAUCGCUAAAGAGCGAUUUCUUCCAAAAAACUAUUGAGUAGUUGAAAUUGUGAUAUAGAGACACGCAAUAAAAUCAGAAAACUGAAUAGCUAAUAAUUUAUAAUUCUAUUAGCUCAGUUUAGUGAUGUUUUUUAUUCAAUUCCGUGUUCAAAGUCUAUUUCCGUGCCAAUAAGUGUUUCAUUAGUUUCUCUAAUAAAGAAACAGAGAAUCAUAUUUUUUCCAUAUAAAUUACUUCUUUUACAGUGAAACAGCCAUUAACUAUUAACUUUUUAAUAUAUUUUAUUCUUUAAUUGUAUCGGUUUGACGACCGGUCUGGCCUCGUGGGUAGUGACCCUGCCUAUGAAGCCGAUGGUCCCGGGUUCAAAUCCUGGUAAGGGCAUUUAUUCGUGUGAUGAGCAUGGAUAUUUGUUCCUGAGUCAUGGGUGUUUUCUAUGUAUUUAAGUAUUUAUAAAAUAUUUAUAUAUUAUAUAUAUCGUUGUCUAAACACCCUCAACACAAGCCUUAUUGAGCUUACUGUGGGACUUAGUCAAUUUGUGUAAUAAUGUCCUAUAAUAUUUAUUUAUUAUUUAUUAUUAUUUAUAUAUAUGUCGGAAGUCGAUAGAUGAGAAGUCGCUAUGACAAAAAAUGCCACAAGAAUUCCGGCCUCUGCUUACGAAAACAAAAUAAUUUAAAUGAUCGUAUAUGAUAUAUAAUUGUGAGUUGUGUGUGUAUUUGCCGUGAUUUAUUUUUUUAAAGUUUUUUUCUAAAAAAAGACACGUCAAAAUCGCUUACCUCCUUUCUAAUGCUAAAAAAACGAAAUAUAUUGAUACACCAUUUUCUCGAAUGGAAUCUCGUGUGGAUCAAAGAAAUGCAAAUUAAUUGUUAGUCGCGAACUGGUCUCAUUUACGUUGAGACAUAGAAAUAAUUAAGCAUAGAGUGCUCACUCCAUAUAUUUUUUUACCAAAACGCUUGACACUAGAUGUCACGAGUGUCGCGACUGACGAAAAGUGUAUUGCUCAACAAUUUACAACUAAAAGUAAUAUUACAAGCAGAAGUUAAUAGUUAGGUUCGCUGGAAAUGAUUGAACAUUAGACUUUUCGUUAGUCGCGACAUCUAUUCAAGUUGCAGUACUGAUAAAUCGACUACUUGACGCUAGAUGUCGACUACGAAACUAAUAAGCGUUUUGCUAAGAAAACUGUCAAAACUGAUGUAUGGAGACAAAGGAAAAACUCGCGUUUCACUGAUGUUUAUGAACCCACAAUGUGUUCAAGAAGUGGUUCAAUUUUCUAUGUAAAAUAUACAAAAAUCAAGGACUCUGGAAGGAAGAAAUCUGUUCUUAGGCAUGUACUAGUACUUUAAAUUCAAACAUUCUCAGAUCUGUUUCUGGUAUAACUCGUCAUCCUUCAUUUUGUUCUCAACCAAACGAUUGGCUAUCAUUGGUUGUCGAAAAAGUUGGUUUUUAAAUUGAAGCUAUGUGGAAAUAGCGCCUGACAACCGACAAUAACUACCCUUUUGGUUGAAAAUGGCACAUUAUAGGUCAUAGAUUUAAAUUUUAUCAAAGUUCUUCUGGACCUAUUUAAUAAGACCCGGUUUUAAGCGUACCAACUUUCAAAAUGCAAUUGUACUUUAUAAGUGAAUAGGUUCAAAUUUUACGUCCAUGUCCGCUAGUACCAUAGACAAAACUACAAGUAAAUAAUAAACAUAAUAACAAUAAAAAAAUAAUUGUCCACCCAAACUUCAAUCCAUAGACCUAGACUUUUGUAUGUUAAUGUUUGAUGAUAUGAUAGCUAUAAUUCUUCUACUGCCGAAAAUAAUUAUUAUUUACAAUUAUGAACGAAGCGAACGGUUGUCACUGAUGCCUACCCAAGAUGACAAUCAUUGAUCGAAAUGCCAAUGGAAACUUUAAUAAUGUAUGGAUCGUCAAGUGACUUUUCAUCUGUCAUCUGUCUGUUUUUUCUUCUAUAUCGGCGUUUGUCGAUGUAUGAUUUUCAUCUUGGCCUUGACUUUGCCCUCAGGAGUAGGGCUCGGAACCGGUAUUGAAAUACCUGUUAAUAUCGUUUCAAAACCGUUACAUUAUUUUGUCAGUUAAAACCCGGUUAUUUGAUGGAACGCGAACAAAAAACUUUGUUCUAUCUCCUAACCGGUAAAAAGUGGGAACUGAAUAUUAUGGUUCACGGGGAAUAUAAUACCGGUUGAUUUCAUAUCUCGAAAACUCGUUGAAACUCGUUGUCAUACGCGAAAGAGAUAACAAUACUUACUCGUUCUAACUUGCAUAUAUGUACAUAUUAUCUUAGUUUGACUACCAUUUCGUAUGUAUCUCUCUCACUUGCUUAAAGGUUAGCUGGUAGAGAUCCCUUAAGGGGACAAGUUCGCCUUUGUACACAUUUACUGUAUUCUUUCUGUGUUAUGUACUUGUUUUGUAAGUGUUUACUACUACUACUACUACCGUUCUUUCGCUCCUCAAGAUCGAUAUGAGAACGUAUUUGGCAGUAACUGUUAUCUCAAAAAAACAGUUAUUUAACCGUUAACCAGAAACGAAACCCUGUUCGUUGCCGAGUGAAGGAACGAAACCGGUUUGAUAAAUAAACCGGUUUCCGAGCCCUGCCCUCCUUAUCAGACCUAGUAUGUGAUUGUCCUUACCAAUUUGGCACAAACCUGUAUAAUUUGGCUGUCAUGUUUUUGUGAUUUUCAGUGUGGUAUGUACUCAUUGGCUGUUUCUAGAAAUUCGUGUCGAUAUUAAUUAAGUGUAAAGUGUUCAUAUCAGUCUUAUGAAGUAGGUUUUGAAUGAGAAGAAUGCCUUGCGUGUGCUAUAGUAUUUAUAAUAGGUGUAAUGGAAUAAUCAGUAGAUUUUAAAUUAUAGUUCAUAAAUUAAAUACUGUAUCGGUUGAUAUUAUAUCACCUUUUUUCAUACAUAUACGACUUAAUCGUUUUGUCAAGACAGAUAAAUAAGAAGUAAACAUAGGGUGAUGACUGUAUACAUCAGUUUUGGUACCAAAACGCCCAUUAUUCUCGUAGUCGACAUCUAGCAUCGAGUAGCGGAAUUAUCAGUACUGCUACUUGACAAUAGAUGUCUGGGGUGUCUAGACUGACGAAAUUCACAACUAAUAUCAAAAGCAGAAAAAGCUGAAAAUAGAGUUCCGGUUAAUAUUAGCUGAAAAUUGUUGAGCAUUGUAGGUGACAUCUAUUGACAAGUAGCAGUACUGAUAAAUCCACUACUCUAUGCUUACUUCUUAUUUCUCUAUGGUCAAUAUAAAUAAAUCUAAGAGAAGAAAACAUUUUAAUAGUACAUUACGAUACAAGUGCGAAAAAUAGGAAAUUCGAAACGAGUGGCGAUAAAUUAAAACACGACCGAAGGGAGUGUUUUAAAUCGACACAAGUUGCGAAUUUCCUAUUCGCACAUGUAUCGUACAACGUUUUACAGUACAUAUGGCCCUUUAAAUGUUCGACACAGUAACGUAAUAUGCUAAUUUUCGCACUAGUGCGGUAAAGUAGCACCAUAUGUACUGUAAAUAUCAUUUUAGCCACGCAAAAUAUUAAAGGUAUAUAUUAUUGGACCGGUACUAGAUAUAAAAUGAAAAAAAACUGCCAAGUAAUUAAUUAAAAUAUUCAGUUUUACUGAAAUUAAAUGUAAUCUCUAUUUGUGGCGAUCUCACGUAAAAGGUAUCACUUUAGUGUCAAUAAGUUUUCUUUUCAUCUGUAUCUUUGUAACCCCUUAUUAACAACAAAGUGACACGUUUUGUCUGAGAACAAUGUACAGUAUGAAUUAAUAAUUAGAUUUAGCUGUUUUUUUUUACAUUUGAAAUUGUUUCACCUGCAAUACCGGCAAAGUUACGAAAAGUUUUUAAAAAGUUCGCAUCAGGGUCGCUCGUAGCAGGAUGUCGCUAUAAUACGCGCGUAGCGGGUAUCGCUCUAACAUCGGAGUGACGUGCGAAUCUGGUGCAUUGCGUCAAAGGAAACUUUCAUUUUUGAAAUGUAACAUUUUUAUUCUAUUUUAUUAAAUUAUACCGUCUGUAAAUUUUGCGGUUUUCGAAACUUGUUAUUGUAUCAACAGCCUCUCUUUUAUAAAUUAUAUUGGUAGGGGAGCCCAAGAGGGGAUUUUUGUAGUUACUCGAGCGUGUCAGAUAAAGAUAUGAGUGAUAUCUUGCUUGCUACCCCGUGGAGUCUGCUUAACCACUUUUAGCCGUCUAUGGUUGGUAGGGGGUUAACUAAAUCACUAAGUAGAAUGUUUGGUCAUUUUGUUUUUAAUUAAUGCUAUAGUUGUAACAAAAUAGUUGUCAGGUUAAGUGACAACAAAAUAUAGCAUUAACUUGGACCAAAAUGACCAAAUCCACUUACUUAACUAUUUUUUUACUGCUACUCCAACAACCUUAUGAUUUUUUUGAAAUUCAGUAAACGUUCGGAAAAGGAAAAGAAAACAUUAUGUAACCUUUCUUCAUAUAAUCUAAUCUUUCGAUCCCAAUAGGUCUCUAUGACAAUUGAGUAACUACAAAUUUCGCAUCGCCGGCUCCCCAGCUAUUACUAUUUUAUAACAAAUUGACAAAUUCUCGCCCGUAAAGAAAAUACUCGCUUAGCUUAAGCGGGUAUAUUACUUUACAUAUUAUUAUUUUUUUAAAUAUAUGUUUGUUCAAUAUGCCAACGUAGUGUCUUUAAAUCCAGGGAUUUACUAACGGAUUGAUGUCCUACGACAAGUAUCGGCGAACUCGACGCAUCUGGCAACGUCGCACCAUUUACUGGCUCAGCAGCGACGUCAUGCCAAGUUAAUGUUGGUUAAGACUCAAGUCUUUGAACUGCUUAAAGACUCGAAGAAUCAAGUCGAUACUAGAGUGCUUUUCAACUUGUUAAAGAUCAGUUUUUUAAACAGAGUUGAGUCUUACUCGGAGAACUUUUUUCCAAAAUUCAUUCAUUUUCUUUACUGCUAUGUAUUAUGUAUUCAAUAAUAUAUUGAUUUAACCCAACACGAUUUUCGUUCAUAGUUUUAAAACGAAUACGGGACUUAAUCGCGUAAACUUACGUUUAUUAUAUGGCCUGACGUUUCGAACGUGACGUGACGUGACGUGACGUAAGGUUACGCGAUUAAGUCCCGUAUUCGUUUUAAAACUAUUCAAUAAUAGUUAUCUAAAUCGAUAAAACCUAAAAAAAUGUUGCGUUUACAGGCUCAACUCGGAUCUAUGACGUAGAAUACUGACCGUGAGGCCAAUCAAGUUAUAUAGGGCCUGUUUCACAAUGUCCAAGUAAAGUAUUAGAUAGCUAAUUAAUAAAUAAAUUCACUGCCAGAUAAAACUUCCUGCAAAACUUAGCACUUUAUCUACCAGAUAAGCUUAUUUGAAGAUUGUAAAGUUGGUCAGAUAAGUGCCAAGUAGCAUAUUCAGGAUUUUACUUUGACAUUGUGAAACAGGCCCUAAAUCAAUUCCAAUUUGAUACUGAUCUGUCAUUGUCAAAAGUGACGUUUUUGGUUGUAGGUACAAUGUGCAAUUCAGCAGGUUCACUAAAGGAGAUUGGAAUCCUCUCAUAUUGGAAUGAAUUCAAAUCCAUGUUAGAUCAGUAUCACAUUAUAUUGUUGGAAUUGGCGUGUGUGUCGUGUCGCACUUGCACUACAUAACCCGAUAUCGUUGGCAACCGCUAGUAAAUCCUGGCUUUAUAAUAUAAAAUGAAGAAAUCGUAAAUUGUUCCUGGUACGAAUAAUUAAUAUAAAUGAUUUUAUAA